GACAACAAAUGAAACGCCGAUUGUGUCUCCGUCUUCUUUUUUCUCUUCAUCUGCCUCUGCGUGUGUGUUCAUAUAUAUGUCUGUGUGUGGAGAUUUAAGAGAUAAGUACGGUUCUGUUUGAAAAAUUUUAGCUUCUGGAUUCCUUCUUUGUCUCGAGUUUUAAUCUUGAAGCCAUAUUAUUCUUCUUCUAUUGUUUAUUAUUAUUAUUAUUAUUUAAAUGGUCAAAAGCUUUGAUUUAUGGUUUUCUUUUCUUGCUUCUCCACCAAGUUCUGCAAUUUCAAUGGUUACAGUUUUCUUCAAUAUAGUAAUUUCUCCGUUUUCCAAUUCUUAAGCUUUAUCAGCAAUUGCUAUUCGGUUUUCUCGUUUUGAGGUUAUUUGUUUUCUGUAGUCCAAACCCAGAAUCAUUUCUGAUUGAAUUUGAAGGAAUCCGGUUGGUUUGAGAUUCUGAUUCCAUUUACAAUACUGGGUUUCACUUGCAAACUCUCUACAGCAUAUGGUCUUUCGUUAAAUUUGUUUGAAGUUUCCUGUAGAGGGAGCUUUGCUGGUGUUCGAAAUCAGAGGUUCUGGGCAAACAAAAAGAGAUUUAGGGAAUUAAGUCUUGUUUGGAGAAAAAGAAAAAAACAUGGAUAGUUCACAAGGUAGUAGUUCGAAUGCACCAGCUCCUUUUCUGAUCAAAACAUACGAGAUGAUAGAUGAUCCGUUGACCAACUCAGUGGUGUCUUGGAGCCACGGUGGGUGCAGUUUUGUUGUGUGGAAUCCUCCUGAAUUCGCUCAAGUUUUGCUUCCCAAGUACUUCAAGCAUAAUAAUUUCUCAAGUUUUGUCAGACAGCUUAAUACUUAUGGAUUCAGGAAGAUUGAUCCUGAUCAAUGGGAGUUUGCUAAUGAAGAAUUUAUAAGAGGACAGAGACAUCUUCUGAGUAAUAUCCGCAGAAGAAAGCCAAUCCAUAGCCAUUCAAUGCAGAACCUAGUUAAUAACUCCCCAAUGACCGAAGCUGAGAAAAGGGAAUAUGAAGAGAAGAUUAAGCGACUAAAGCAUGACAAGAGCUUGCUUCAGCUGGAGCUACAGAGACAUGAAACAGAGAAGCAGGCCUUCCAGGGUCAGAUUUUGUCUCUAGGUGAGAGAUUGCAGACUAUGGAGCGUAGACAGAUUCAACUAGUUUCAUUCUUGUCUCAACUUGCAAAGAAACCUGGAUUUGCCUCCAUUUUCAUGCAGCAAUCAGAGUACCAGAGCAGAAAGAGGAGAUUACUUGAACUUGAUUACUUCAAUGUCGAUUUCAAAAUGGAAGAGAGUGAGAGUUCUCAUUCUUUGAAAGACUCAACGUCGAACCUUGAGUUAGUUGACAAGUUGGAUUCAUCCAUGAAAUGUAUUGAAGAAUUCUUUUAUGGAGCAGGGGAAGCUUUUACGCAUGAUAUGCAGCCAUCACCAAUCAUUUUAAGAGUGCUAAGUGCUUCUUCCAUUGAUGGAGAAACUUGCUCACCUAGAUCACAUCAAUCUUCACUUCAUUCUAUGGAUAUUCCUUCGUCUCCUGAGCUGCCUCCAUGUAUCAAUCACAUCAAUAGUCUGAACACUCCACCUGAAUCUCCACAGUUUGAUGUAAACUGCGAGCCCAUUAGUAGUGCUCCGGUGGUUGAAGCUGUAAAAGAAUCAGAAUCAGAAUUGGAGACGACAAAUUCGUCGACUCCCCAAGGAGCAAAUGAUCAUUUCUGGGAAUAUUUCCUUACUGAAGCUCCUGGUGGUAGUAGCACGCAGGCAGUCGAACAUGGGUUCGAGCGUAGAACAAGCGAUGAGAGACUUUGGUGGAAUGCGAACACCAUAAAUGAUCUUACAAAACACAUGGAGCACCUUGCACCAACUGAAAGAACAUGAUCUUUGCUCUUCUCCGUCGAUUCUCUGAUAGCUUGCUGUAUAUUAGGCAAUAGAAGAAAUUGGGCUAGACAUUCUCGCUUUUCUCGUUUUAAUCAAAUUUUGUAGUAUAUUCCUAUUAAAAGCCUGUAUGAUAUUACUUUUGGA